UCUAUCUCUUGAACAACAUGGCUUGCACUGCUUUACUGCUCCUGGCACUCGCCUCUUCCAUCUCAGUCACAGCGGCGGUUCUGUUUGGUGAGCCCAGAAUUUUUGGAGAGGAUGCAACUGGUUAUGGUCCCAUCUUUGAGGAGGAGCCUGUGGAUGUGGUUUAUACUGAGGGCUCACCUGACGAGAAAAUCUCCAUGAACUGCAGGGCACGGGCAAACCCCCCAGCUUUAUACAGGUGGCGUCGUAAUAACUGGGAGAUCAAGCUGAUGGAGCAGCCAGACGACCACUACAGCCUGGUGGGGGGGAACCUGGUUAUCACCAACCCCAAACAGAAGAAACACGCCGGGACGUACGUCUGCGUGGCCAAGAACAUCUACGGCACCGUCAUAAGCAAGGAGGCCAGGGUCAAGUUUGGAUUUUUGGAGGAGUUUUCUGAAGAGGAGAGAGAUCCAGUGUAUGUCAAAGAAGGACAGGGAGCAGUUCUGCUGUGUGCCCCUCCAAAAGCCUGGCCCUCGGCGGUGACCUACCGCUGGAUCUACAAUGAGUUCCCAGUUUUCCUGCACACAGAUCGCCGCAGGUUUGUCUCCCAGCGGACGGGGAACCUGUACAUCUCCAAGGUUGAAGCUCAGGAUGCAGGAAACUACUCCUGUUAUGUUUCCAGUCCCAUCAUCGGGAAGAGUGUCUUCUCCAAAUUCAUCCCCCUCAUCCCUUUACCCUCUGACGAAGGUGAGGAAAGGAAGUACCCAGCAGACAUCAGGGUGAAGUUCCCAGACACUACUGCCAUGCUGGCCUCCAAUAUUACGUUGGAGUGCUUUGCUCUGGGAAAUCCCAUCCCUCAUAUUGUUUGGAGGAAGGUGGACGCCACAGACCUCCCAGCAAAUCACGAGAUCAGUGAAUCGGGAGCCGUGCUUCAUUUAUACAAUGUACAAUACGAAGAUGUGGGAGGGUACGAGUGUGAAGCCAUCAACACUAAAGGGAAGGACUGGCACAAAGCCUGGCUCUAUGUGGAGUCUGCUCCAGAGUGGGCUGAAACUAUCAACAACACUCAGAUUGACAUCGGCUCAGAGCACACCAUGCGCUGUGUGGCAUCAGGGAAGCCCUUCCCUUUCAUCCGCUGGUACAAGGAUGGAUAUAUGAAUGGUAAAGGUGAGCUGAAGUUUUCCAGUCUUACUUUUGCUGACUCAGGGAUGUACCAAUGUAUUGCUGAGAAUUACUGGGGCAUCAAAUACGCCAACGCUGAGCUGCGAGUCAUCGCCUGUGCGCCCACGUUUGAAUUCAACCCUGUGAAGAAGCAGCUUCUUGGAGCUGAAGACGGACGUGUGGUGAUUGAGUGUAAACCCCGAGCUGCUCCUAGACCUCGGUUCACCUGGACAAAGGGCAAAGAGCUGCUCUUCAACAAUUCACGCAUUUCCAUCAUGUAUGAUGGGAGUCUGGAGAUCCUCAAUGCCACCAAAAAUGAUGAGGGUAACUACACCUGCUUUGCCGAGAAUGACAGAGGAAAGGCCAACAGCUCUGGGUAUCUCAAAAUUACAGAGAUGACCAGCAUCACGGUGGCACCUGAAGACACUGAGGUUAAGGUUGGUGAUGAGGUUAUUCUGAAGUGCGCUGCUUCAUACGAUCCCAUGUUGGACAUCACCUUCAUCUGGGCCAUAGAUUUCAGAGUCAUUGACUUUGACUCUGAGUGGCAACACUACGAACGUGUUUUGAGUGAAGAUGGCAGUGGUGACCUUAGAAUAAAGAAUGUCAAGAUUUGGCACGAGGGUCGCUACACCUGCACAGCUCAGACUGUGGUGGACAGUGAUACAGCGUAUGCUGACCUCAAGGUUGUAGGGGUUCCUGGGCCUCCUGGUGUGAUCCGGGUGGAAGAGAUUGGGGACACGUGGGUGAAGCUACUGUGGACUAAAGGAGCAGAACAUAACAGCCCCAUUCUCUACUACACCAUUCAGACCAGGCACUACUGGGCUCUGAAUGAAGACGACUGGAGGAACGCCAGCACCUCUCCAGCCAUUAUUGAUGGCAGUGUUGAGAGGGCAGAGGUGACAGACCUGUACGCCUGGAUGGAGUAUCAGUUCAGGAUCUUCGCCACCAAUGAGUAUGGUUCCGGAGAGGCCAGCCUCCCCUCUCUCAAGAUCAAAACCUGGGAUGCUUCUCCAGUGGUAUCACCCACUGAUGUCGCAGGUUAUGGAGGUAGAAAUGGCGAGAUUGUCAUCACAUGGACACCUGUGCAGCCAUGGUAUUUCUACGGCAAGAAAUUUGGUUACAUUGUUGCAUUCAAACCUCACGAUGCUUACGACUGGUGGUAUGAGACCAUCUCAGACCCCGAGACAAGGCGUUAUGUUCACAGAGACUCCUACUUUAUUCCCACUGAAGAAGAUUUUCAGGUGCGAGAGUUUCAGGUGAAAAUCACGUCAUUUAAUUUGAAAGGAGAAGGACCAUACGGCCUCACCACGGUCAUCUUCUAUCCACGAGAUGUACCCACAGAGUCUCCAACAGAUGUUUAUGCCAGGCCAGUGUCCUCCACUGAAGCUCUUGUGUGGUGGUUGCCAGUGGUUGACACUGGAACAGGCCUGCAGCAGUACAUUGAGGGAUACCAGGUCAAAUAUUGGAGAAAGUACGAUGACCCGGAGCCAGGAGCCAACCGCAUAUUUGUUCCAGCCACAGUCAAUCAGACCAGGCUGGAGAACAUGCUGCCAGACUCACAUUACCUCAUCGAGGUCCGUGCCUUCAAUGGAGCCGGCCUCGGACCCCCUGGUGAACACUGUGAGAUGUUCACAAAGAGACCACCACCACCAGAGUCUCCAAGGAUGUGGCGCUAUAUCACCUGGACAGGAAAGUGGCUUUAUGUGUGGUGGGAUCAUAUCGAAUACGACUGGUUUGGCAAUAUUUCCUUCCCACUGUACUACAAGGUCAUGUUCAGAAAGACAGGCUACAUCUACGGGAAAGUCUACAUCACUGGCUGGCACUUCAUGGACUUCCCCAUGCCCCAGGUUGGCGACUAUGAGCUGAUGGUGCGAGGCCGUUAUGAAGGAGGAGAUGGACCAAUCAGGAAGAUUAGGAUUCAGGGUAAAGCAUCUAUGAUCACGCCCACUCUAAGCGUGUUAUCUUUGGUGCUGCUGGCACUGUGCAUUGUGGGAUUGGAAAUUUAAGAAUGCUACAAGUGACAUGUAUAUAAUAGACUCUGGGAAGCAGAUACAUGGACCUAAUAAGAGAUCCAGUCUUCACCUUCAAACACUCUUCACACUGAUAGUCAUUGGUUAAGAUCCUACAUCAUGCAUAAGUAUCUGCAACCAUCAUAUCUGUAUGCCACCUCAAGAGAAGAUCCAAAACCAGAUGUUUUACUCAAGUUAGUCCAAAGUCCAAGCGAAUGACGACAGAUAAUUGUCAGCUGAUGUGUAUUAAACUUUCCGGACACUGUUCAGA